UAAUUUUGCAUGGGACCGGGACAGCUUUUAUCCAACAAUGUAGUCGUUACACUCCACCACCGAAUUUUGCUAACGUGGCACCUUAAAUUUUAAAUCUACCAAUUCUCCCUACACAGAAUUCGACCGUUAGCUCUUUCCUUAUUCUAUAACCAAAAUCAGAACAUUUUCUCUUUGGUUCUUCGAUCUUCACAAAGAAAGGAACAAAAAUCUCAUUGAAAAAUAUGGCCAUCGAUUGUGGCUUCGCCGACGAGGAAAUGGUGAUUGAUGAGGGUCUCGGAUACCCGAGAGCCUAUGCGAAAAUAUGCCGGGACCGUAGUCUUGGUCCCUACAAUCAUGGCCCUCCUUUUACCUUCAUGCCUUAUGCUUUCCAGCAGUGUGAUGAGAGCUUGAGAGCGAAGGAACUGGACCAAAUGUUCUCAAUAAUUGAUCCGAAGGCAAGAUCAACAGCUAAGCCAAAAAUCUUCAUCAAUCUCUUGUGGAAGCAGCUCAGUCAUUUAGGGAACGCCGGCUUUGAUCCAGAAGUAAUUCGUGUCGAUUCAUAUGGCAAUGUGCUGUACUACCAUGCUGAUUCAGCUUCACCGCUUUAUUGGGAUAUUGAUCACUGGUUUCCUUGCUCAAGGGGUGGAUUGACCGUUGCAAGUAAUCUGAGGAUAUUACAGUGGCAAGUAUGCAAGAAAAAACAUAACAAGCUAGAAUUUCAAGUUCCAUGGUGGGAUUUUCAGUUGGGAAUUUCUGUGAAUCAGUUCUUAUCAAUUUUCGCAUCUCGAAAGUCUGAUUUCAGGCAAAGGGCAUUUUCCUUCUUGUUUGCAGAAGGUGAGAAUGAAGAGAUAAAUUCUUCACAAACAGUGGAGUCACAUUCUUUUCCACAGCAUUUUAUGAAUUCAAAAGAGAAAUUUGGUCUUGCUCCAGCUGCUGUUGUUGUAACUCGAAAGGAACUAUAUGAUACUUCAUCAGCUUUGAAAUCACUGGAUUACAACAGGCAGAUAAGGUCACAGUCUCCUAUUAUUGCUGCAAGGAAAAUGAAAUCUAGCGUUUUGAAGGAAAAUGAAAAUCCAGAUUUUGUUACAAAUCCAUAUCAGGCCAUUGUUAUGGCCAGAGAUUCACUGAAACAAAGAGAAGAAUCACACAAGAUGCAAGCAGAAAUUCAGAAGUUGGAUGAAGAAGCGAAUGACAUGAGGAGGAAAAAUGAUGAAGAAAAGUAUGCUAUUCAAGACUUGGAAGUGGAGCUGAUAAAGCGUAGGAGAAGGGCAGAAAAGUGCAGACGGCUAGCAGAGGCACAAUCUUCAUACAGGACUAUGCUAGAAAAGAUGAUUCGGGAUGCUAUGCACCAGAGUGUUGUUUACAAGGAACAGGUGAGACUAAACCAGGCUGCAGCAAAUGCACUCAUGGCAAGACUUGAAGCACAAAAGGCAAUAUGUGAUGCCUCGGAGAAGGAACUUCAUAAGAAAUUUAAACAACGAGAUGAACUUGAAAAGCAGAUAAGGCCUAAUUGGGAACACGCAAGGAAGAGAUCAAGAACGGAUGAUACUUUCUUUGAAGGACAAGAUAGCAAAACUGUUAUUUAUCUACCAGGAAUCAGACCAAGGACACCUGUACACAAGGAGCUGAGAGUGUUUCUGGAGGAGGAACAUAAAGCAUCUGUAGCUGGUUUAUCUUCAAAUGAUGAUCAAAAGCAUGAAGAAAUUGAAGAGGAACUGGCAAUUACAGCAAGAAAUGCCUUCAAAGAAAAGCGUGAGGAGCAUGAUAAAGCCAUAGCUGCUUUAGAAGAUGAAAAAUCAAUCGAGCAGAAGUUUCAGAGACUUGAAAUAGAAGAGGAGAGACGAGAAAUUCAAUUCCCUGUUAUUGAAGAAACAGAAAGAGAGGAAGAUGAAGAGACAAGGAGGCAGCGUGGGAAAGGGAAUGUAGAGAGGUGGCUCCAAAUGCUAUUGGAGAACACUCAAGAAGAAUUGGACUCUCAAAAUGUAGAUGCAGAAGAAGUGACUGGAACUGAUGAAAUAAUAAAAACUCCAGAUUUGAAGUAUCCACAGAAAGAGAAAGAGGUCAUGACGCAAAUUCAUGAGAAGCAGAAGAGUGUUCAGGAGAAGGAUGAUGAGAUUGUUGAGAUAGUAGAAGGCAGUAAAACACCAAGGAGCAAAGCUUGUGAAGUUGUUGGAAGCAGAAAGGAAAGAAAUCUUAUGAGGUCUGAGAGUGCCAGGGCCUUCCGACGUAUCCCAUCGUCUCCAUCUUUGAUUUUGGGUGGUAUGAAGAAAGGAGUGGAGUGCAUGAGGAAGAAGCCAAUAGUAACUAGUGAUGAUGAAGAAGAUUAUGCUGUGGGAAACAACUUCCUCAAGUCAUCCAUCAAAACAAUAAAGAAGGCUGUAAAAAUAUGAAGAUUUAUACCAGCAACGCCUUUCUCUUUUGUAAAAUCUUCAACAUUGAGGUGAUUUAUUUAUUAUUUUUAAGAUUGUUAAAAGUAUCUCUUAAGUUGAAUAAUUGAGUGAAUGUAUGUCUUUUCAGCUUUAUGUUUGUAUAUUUGGUCGUCCGGUUGUGAGAUAACAGCUAGUUGUUUGUUAUACUAUUCUGUUUGGUCAAUAUCUGUUUAAUGUAUCAGUGGUUUUCUUUUUUUUUUUUAAAUCUGUUCUCUGAAUAACUUUGGGUAUUAGAGAUACGUUGUUUUAUCAAAGUGAGUGCUAAUAGCUCCAAAAUCGAAUAAACAGUGUUUUGGGUAUUCUUGUAAAUAUGAAUUUAGAUCAGACAUUUUUAUUUAGGGUUAAUGUCAUAACGUAUCUCUUUGUUAGAUGGUUAAAACCCUGUAUGCAGCCCUGAGGAGCU